AUGGAUAUCUCUGAUCUGGAAACGGACCCGAUCGUCAUGUGGCAGAGUCGUCACUUUCUGCUUCUGGCCAUCGUGAUGGGCUGGGUUGUUCCCACGGUCGCGGUCGGUAUCGUCUUCCAAGACUGGCGGGCCGGAUUCAUGUACGGAGCCAUUGGGAAAAUAAUCUUACUUCACCAGAGCACCUUCCUUAUCAACUCGCUAGCCCACUAUAUGGGUGAUCGCCCUUACGGGGACAAGUCAACAUCCCGGGAUAAUUUACUGGUCGCUCUGCUUACCCUGGGGGAGGGAUAUCAUAACUUCCAUCAUACCUUCCCGUAUGACUAUCGCAAUGGCAUCCGAUGGUACCAUUAUGAUUGCACCAAAUGGGCCAUUGCGCUCUGGCAGAAGGCCGGUCUGGCUCAUAACCUCAAGACCGCGAAGGAAAGCGAAAUAGCGAGGGCGCGAGAAAUCAACGCUCUUCCUCAUAAUGAUGAAUCCUUUUACGGUCUCCCUACUACGACUGGUCGACAUACCAGCGGCUGGUUAUCGGUGGCAGAGACUUGGUUGUCAUCGAACGCGCUGUCCACGAUGUUGGCAAAUUCAUCACCGAGCAUCCUGGGGGGGAGCGAUUCCUCAGGGCGGUGA